AUAUUUAUAUUCUUUAGUUUUCAUAAAACUUUUUAAAAUAAAUUAGAAAAAGAUAUUUUUUAACUACUUAGCCGUUGUAACAUACCUUCAAAGAUGCCUAAAUUUUAUUGUGAAUAUUGCGGUAUUUAUUUAACUCAUAGUUCUCCUUCUGGAAGAAGUUAGCAUGCUAAGGGUCGUAAACACAUAAAUAAUAGAAUUGAAUAUUACAAAUAAGUAAUUGAAGAUUUGAUAAAAGAAAAUUAAGAUAAAUAAAAGCAAAUGCAAUCAGGUUAAUCGAUGUCUAGUCAUCCUUAACCUAUGUACCCAGGUGCUUUCUAAAAUCUCCAUUAAUUGCCCCUCCAACAGCUUAAUUAGCUUAAAGCAGGUGGUAUUUAAUAAGUGCAAAUUAAUAGUACAUAAUAAUAACAAUAAGGAAGUGCACCUCCUCUUCAACCUCCUUUACCUAUUUUACAGCCUCCAUUUAUAAAUAUGUAAAAGCCUGGUGGUCCUGCUAUUCCCCCAAAUAUACUUCCUCCCGCACCUGGUAAUAAUGUUCCACCUAUGAGACCUGGAUAAUAACCUCCCCUUGGACCUCCUCUAGGAGUACCUCCAAAUCCUAACAUGAUGUAGCCUGGUUUAAUGCCUCCUGCAGGAAUGAAGCCUAUUCCAGGUAUGCCUCCUAUGGGUCCUCCUCCCGUUGGUAUGAUGCCCCCAGGUGGCCCUUAAAUGAUGGGAGUUCCUCCUAAUAUGCCACCUAUGGGUAUGAUGCCUCCUCCACAUCACUUAGGACCAGCACAUUUAAAUCCUAUAGAUCAUAAUAAAGGUGAACAUGACGAUAGAAAAUGA